AUGAGUGAAAAAUCCAUCAUAAAAUCAAUUCCAUUAUUUGAAGAUGAUAACGAAAGCAAAUUUGUAUGUGCAUUUCCUGAUAAAGAUGAAAUUCAUCUUUAUACAGUUGAUAACAACCAAGAUACAGCAUAUUCUUUAAUUUCUAAAAAAAACAAAAUAUCAUCUAUAAAAUGUAUUUGUAGCUCUCCUUCACAAAAAAAUACAAUAGCUAUUGGUGAAACAACAGGUGAUGCAUUGAUCUUAAAUUUAGAUAAUGAAAUUUCUCCCAUUCGAUUUCCAACCAAACAACAACGUGUUUGUAAUGCAGUUGCACUAAAUUUUCUAGGAGACUUAGCAGUCGGAUUAGAGAAAAUAAGGAACGAGUCAUCUCUUAUAAUUUGGAAUAUUCAUCAAAGCAUAGGAUCAAAUAAAAAAAUGUCACCAAUUCAACAACUUGGAUUAUCAGAACCCGUGUUCUCUCUUUCAUACUUUCCAGAUUCUCCAAAACAAUUAAUUUCAGGAGUAAAUUUACGAUGGAUAAAAAUUUUUGAUUUAAGAGAAAAAUCAUCUGUAUCAGCCACAACCUUUUAUUCAACACGGUUUAUACAUAAUAUCACUAUUGAUCCAAAAAAUUCGAAUUAUUUUGCUUCGACUUCUGAUGAAGGUCUAGUAUCCAUUUGGGAUAGAAGAAAAAACUCUAAUGGAGAACCUUGUUUAUUACUAAAUAGGGGAGUAAAUCAAUCUUCUCAAAUUAUAGAUCUUAAAUUUACUGGAGCCAAACCAGGUCAACUUUCUGGGCUUUCAAAAGAAGGCGUUAUAAAACUUUGGGAUAUAAAUUAUAAUUACGAUAACCCUGAUCAAUUUAUAGUUUCAUUUUAUAACAAUAAAAAAUUAUCCGAAAUAUCCGAACCUUCAACACCUAUAAAAAGCGAUUCUCUUUCUUUGAUGUAUUUACGAGAGGCAUCUAUAAAAUCUAGCAAAAAAAUUAUUUCUUUUGAUUAUAUUCCUAAUGAACCAUAUAAAAAUUACCAAUUUUAUUACUUAAGGUCAGAUAACAAAAUAGGGAGAAUAAAAAUACGCUCUUCCUGUGAUAUAGUAUCAAUAAAUAGUCUUAAUAAGAUGUUCAUAAGUACAAAAACCAAUUUACAUUAUUUAUCCAAAAAAAAUAAAGAUGUAAUAUUAGCUAAGAAUAAAAAUGGGAAUGAAGAUAAUGGAAGUCAAAUAUCAGAAUCCCUAACUUUAAAUAUGGAUGAAAAUAUAUUUAAUAAUCAAAUUGAAGAAUCAGAAAUGUUUCAUUCAUUUCCAAAUUCAAAAAUUGAUCAAGAAUAUGAUACUGAAUAUAGGUUUAAUAUAAAAGAUGUUUUGGAAAAUGAUAUAUCAUAUUUAAUGUAUAAAAGAGCAAAAAAUGGUUAUGGGAUGGAAUCAGCAAAAAAUAAAAUAAUUUUAGAAAAUACGUAUCUUCUUGAUUUAUGGAAAUGGAUUAAUAAUGCAGAAAACUUAGCCUCAGAAAACAAAAUGGUUUCAGGUGAUUUUGAUCUAAGCUAUCAAGGAGUAUAUAACAUUUGGUAUGGAAUUCCAAGCUCUAAACUAACUAAUAAAUGUGAUGAAAACAAUAAAAAUAACUUUUUUGAAAAUUUAUAUACUAUUGCUGUAAAAGAAAUAAAUAACAAAUUCAAAAACAACGUUUUUACUUCUAUUAUAUCAAAAGCAGAGAUACGAAAACUAGCAUUAACAUCAUGUGGAUGGAGUAUUUCUCGUGAAGACCUAGAUGAUAAAAUAAAACAACUAGAAGAGGAUGGACUAUACAGCAAAGCUGCAAGCUGGGCUUUGUUCCAUGGUAACUUUAAUCGUACAGUUCAAGCAUUGUCAAAAGGAAGCGAAAAACAUCGUUUAAUGUCAACUGCAAUAGCAGGAUUUGUCUCAGCAAAAAAUGGUGCAAAUAAUGCCAUGUGGAAAGAAAUGUGUAGAAAAAUGAGUACAGAAUUAGACGAUCCAUAUCUUCGUGCUAUAUUUGCCUAUGUUUCUAAUGGGGAUUGGCGUGAUGUUUUAGAUGAACAGGGAUUACCUUUAAAAGAAAGAAUUGGAGUAGGAUUAAGAUUUUUAAAUGAUGAUGAUUUUUCUUUUUAUUUAAACGAUAUUGUUAAAACUGUUAUUAAUACAGGAGAUCUUGAAGGGAUUAUUCUUACUGGAAUUAGCACUAAUACAAUUGAUUUACUAGAAAUAUAUCUUAAUCGUACAUCUGACAUUCAAACAGCAGCUCUUGUUUCUUCAUUUUGUCUUCCUAAAUUCUUUGAUCAAAGGAUUUUGAUCUGGAUUAGUGAUUAUCGUCAAUUACUUAAUAGAUAUAGUUUAUUUUAUACCAGGGCAAAAUUCGAUGUAUUAAGGAAAAAACAUUUUAGAGAAUCAGACGAACUUUUGAAUCUGGAAAAAACCCAGCAACAAAUAUACAUACGCUGUAAUUCUUGUAAUAAAAAUAUUACACAUAAACCUAUGACAUCAAAACGAAAUACAAACAUUCGAAACUCUAAUGUUCCUACAACUGGAACUAUUCAAAAGAAUACCCUCUGUCCAGUUUGUAGUAAACCUCUUCCGCGAUGUUCUAUUUGCUUACUUUCUCUUGGAACCUCAAAUAAUCUUGAAGAGAAAAACAUAAAAAGUCCAGAAGAUUUUGAAAAAUUGUUUGAAAAAUGGUUUAAUUUCUGCUUAUCAUGCCAUCAUGUUUCACACCAUGAUCAUGCAAAAGAAUGGUUUAGAACACAUCCAGUUUGCCCAGUACCAGAUUGUAACUGUCUUUGCCGAGAAAAAGACAAAAUACCUAAAGCUAACAUAUAA